AUGUUCAACAGCGUUUCUUCCGACUCUUUAUCUUCUGAAUUCAAAUGCGCCGAGAUCGAAUUUACCCUUCAUCUUUUGGACGUCGAUGAAAUAAAAUACCAGCCAAGUUUUCUGGUUGUUGUGAUUAAGGGCCAAAUCUCGACCCCUCAAAGAGUUGUGACUGAGGAUACUGAAGUUAAAGAUUCCGUUACCGUGCCAACACAAACUUUAACAGAAUCACAGACUGGAGGCAGAGCACUGGAUGUUCCAACAGGUGUAACCAUUUCUGAUAUCGAUUCUUCGACAACGGAGACAGUGGAAAGUGAUUCCGUCACAGGAACGGAACGAAACCUGCCCAAAGCAUCGUUCACUAACACAAAAGUCGUUGAAUAUACUGCACCAACUACUAGUACCAGUAAUACAAAUUCUUCUAUGGAUACUAGUACAGAUACUAACAACAACAACAAGAGCAACUCCAACGUCACAAGUAACAGCAGAGAUAACUCCCUUGCUCUUAGUUCUGUUACUUCAACAAUUCUUGAUAUCAACGACUCAACUAAAGAAUCCGUGUUUACCGCCAUUGAUGUUGACGUCACUACAACAACAACAACAGCAUCAACAACAACAACUGCUACUACUACUACUACUGCUGCUGUUACAACAACGAUUGCAUCAAAUGGCGAAAUUGUUGUCUCCACCAGACUGCCCAACAGUGAACUCGUCCAAAGACCCACGGACUUCUCCGUCACUCGCAUUCAAACAGCACUACCAACUCCCCCUAUCGGUAUAGAACCAAACAAAGAUCAGUUUAUGUGUUACCAUGGCAACUGUACAGAUUACCAAUGCCACAAAGCCGUUAAGAUUUACUCCAUGUUCCAUAAAGUGCCUUGUGUGGGAAGGAAGUGUCAGAUAGAAAUCCUUCAGCGAGAAGAUUCUUUCUUCAUCAAAUUCCAGUGCCUUAACAAUUCCAAAGAAUGUCCCUGCCUGUCGAAGGUACCAAACCUUCAGAAAAUGUGCUGUAAGACAUCCCUGUGCAACAACCACACACUUAUGUGUCGUGCGUCAUCAUCGUCGUCGUCUGCGACAUUUGUCUGGAAGUACCCGAACCUCAUUCGAUCGCUGCUCCUUCUGUUCUCCUUCUAUCAACAGCAUUGACUGAAUAUCGGUUACCAGUUACGGCUAGUAUGCCUCUCUGAGUGUGUAGGGGGAUUGUAAUUGUAUAUGAUGUGCGUCUGUGUGUGUGUGUGUGUGUGUGUGUGUGUGUGUGUGUGUUUAUGCCUAUGUUUGUGUGUGAGGCUUUGGCGUACUUGUGCCCUAUUCGCCUUUCAUCUUUUCGGGGUCGAUUAAAUAAGUACCAGUUACGCACUGGGGUCGACGUAAUCGACUUAAUCUCUUCCCCCGGAAUUUCAGGCGUUCUGCCUACCAGUAGAAAGAAUU